UCUAGAGGUUUUAAAUACUUGGCAUGAGGGGGGAAAAACUCAAACCUAUACCCGAAGGUAUAAAACAUUAAUUCUGUUUGUCUCCUGCUCCGGGAACCUGGGUGCAGCUGGAUGCUUUGUGAAACUUUAAAAAUGUUGCAUCUCUGCUUCUCUCCCUGCACAGGGGCCCUGGGAGGCGCCGAGUGCCUGGAGCUCCAGCACCCAGCCAGCGCCCCAGCUGCUGCUGACCACGAUGUCGGCAUUCUCUUUGCAUUCUUCAAACCUAGAAACCUGGUCUCCUGCGUCAUAGCCUAUAACGAGGACCCCUCCCCCACAUCCCAGUCUGACAUCCAAACCACCCGUUGGACCACUGACUCAGUCGCUUUUCCCCCAGAAAAACCGAAGGUGUAUCAAGGUGUCCGGGUCAAGAUCACGGUGAAGGAGCUGCUGCAGCAGAGAAGGGCACACCAGGCGGCCUCAGGGGGAACCCUGCCCGGAGGCAACGGCGUCCACCUGUCAGACCCAGCCCCACCAUCUUCUGCAGGGCUGUAUUUGGAAUCUGAACCGGUUUCUUCCACAUCCAAUUCCUUUCAACCCCGAGAAUUUUCCACUUGUGUUUCUUGUGAAGAAAAUACAAGCUGCAUCGACCAGGUGUUUGAGUCCUACCUUCAGACAGAGACACACCUGGACCCCUUGCUCAAUUCCACGCAGAGCACGUCACCCUAUUUCCCUGACAGCUUCCAAGCUGCCCCUUUCUGCUUUAACCAGAGCCUGACCCCAGGAUCGUCUUCGGAUUCCUCCACUCUGUCUGGUUCCUUAGACUACAGUUACUCGCUGGCUCAGCUACCUGCGUGUGCUCCGGAGAAUUACAAUUCUCCCCCUUCUCUGGACCCCAGAAACUGUGGCAAUCCCUCAGAAGAGUACUCCUACUCACACUUGCCCUCGUACACUCAGUACGACUGCUUCCCCUCUGCCGGCCCCUCGGUCUGCUACUGCACGUCCUGUGAGGCAGAACACGUGGACACCCUCAGAGCGGCGGAGUGCUUUUCCUACCCCAGCACAGACUAUGUGAACUUGGCCCCCUCAGCAGCUGUGGCCAGCGAGUUCUAUAAAAGGGGAACAAACUGGGACAUCUGCUAUAGUUAAUAGCAAUUGCAUUACAUUGGAACACGGUGUGAGUAUCUUGGUCCUUCGGCCACACCAAAUGACAACUCGAAACAUGCAGCCUGUUAACAAAGUAUCACAAAGCCCCGUUCCCGUGUCACAUUUCCAAUGUUCUGAUGCUCGCUUAGGCAUUAGUACGAAGUCGUCAGAUCUGGUCAUCGUGCCACUCCUACUUUGUAUGCUUACAGUUAAAAUUGUCGUAGGGAGUGUUCAGUUUUCCUUUUCUAUGUAACGAACAAAUUCUAAUUUUUUUAACUAAUAAAUU